AUGUCGUAAUAAAUUACUCCAAGUCGUAUGACAUUAGCUCUUUUUAAAUAAAAAACAAUAUCAGCUCGUAAAGGUCAUGAACUAUUGAAAAAGAAAUGUGAUUGCUUAAAGACCAGAUUUCGUUCAAUAAUGGUUGCAUUAUUAGAUAAUAAGAUGAAGAUGGAUGAAGAAAUGUAAAAAGCUUUUCUCUUAUUUGCUGAAGCUUAAUGGGCAGCUGGAUAAUUUAACUCAAUAGUAAAAGAUUCAAUAAAAAAAGCUUUUAUAAGAGUAGAUAUAAGUACAGAAAACAUAGCAGGUGUAAUGCUUCCUAAUCUUAAUUUGAAAGAAUUGGAAGAUUCUGAAGGAAACUUAAGUCAAUUAGGUUUAGAUAAAGGGGGUUUAGCAAUUUAAAGAACUAGAUAAAAAUUCAAAGAAUGCUUAUAUUUACUUGUUAAAGUAGCUUCACUUUAAACCAGUUUUGUUACCCUUGAUGAAGUUAUUAAAGUUACUAAUAGAAGAGUAAAUGCAUUAGAACAUGUUGUUAUUCCCGAAUACAUGCGUAUUUAAGUUUACAUUAAUUAAGAAUUAGACGAAAUGGCAAGAGAAGAUUUAUUUAGAAUCAAAAAAGUUCUCGAUAAUAAAAGGAAAGUUAUAGCUGAAGAAGAUGCUGAAGUUGCUAAGUAUGAAGCUAUGAUGGCAGCUAAAGGUGUCAAAGCUUAAGGUGGAGGAAAUUUAAUUGAUUAAGACGAUAAAAUUUAAGAUGAAGAUAUCGUUUUUUGA